CCUCAAGAACACAUGAUUCAGACUCGCAAAGGAACGCUUCCUCUUCCUCUUCAAUUCUUAACGCAAAACCCAAAAUCUGCAAUUUUUUUGGAAGUUCUUAGAUUAUUAAUCAUAAAAGUUCAAUAAAAGUAAAAUAAACCACAGCAAGGGAGUAGAAAGAUGAGAUUUUUGUGGUUAAUUGUGGUGUUAUACACUGUAUGCAACCAUGUUUUAGCUGAUCAGAUCUUCCCUGGUCAUGUAGGUGCUACAUUUCGCAGUUCUCGUGAACCAAAAUAUCAGAUCGAAUUUCAUUCAGAAGACUCUCCUUUUCUUCCUGAUGAUGACCAGGAGUCAAUAGUUAUACCCAACAAAAAUGGUGAGAAUUAUUUAUGCUUCUUGCCUAAGGUGGAGAAAGCCAAGAGUGAAAAACCAAUUACUCAGCUAAAUAUAAGCAGCAUGAUUGUGGAAACUGAGGAACGGGUUAAAUUGAAGACACCAGAUGAGUUGCUUGAAGUACUGAAAGGCUCAUGCUUUGUCAGACAAGAGGGUUGGUGGUCUUAUGAGUUAUGCUAUCAGAAUAAAAUAAGGCAAUUCCAUGUGGAGGAUGAAAAGGAAAAGGUUGUCCAAGAAUUUAUCUUGGGUGUGUAUGAUGAAGAAGCCACGGCUGCAUUCAACCAGAAUCUUUCUGACAUUUCUACACUGAAGGAUCAUCAUUCAAAAGAUGCAUCUCAAAGGUAUCAUGCUCAUCAGUAUACAAAUGGAACCAUAUGUGAUCUUACAAAUGAGCCACGAGAAACUGAGGUGAGAUUCGUAUGCUCAGAGCCCAGAGCUAUGAUUAGUUCUAUCAUUGAGCUAUCCACGUGCAAGUAUGCUCUUACAGUACAGUCUCCAAUGCUUUGCAAGCACCCAUUGUUUCAAGAAGAGAGACCAGUGUGGCACACCAUUAAUUGCAACCUUCUUCCAAAGGAUUACAAACAAGCUAAGCCAGAUGAAGUCGAAACCCGAAGAUGAACAGAUUUUUAUGGUGUCUGACAUUGAAUCAUCUAGUUAUGAUUCAGAUGAAUAAGCGACGCACAGGGACCUUUGUCAAUAUGGAUCAAAUUGAACGAGCUAACAAAUUGUGUUCUUCGUGUUUUAUAUAGCUCUCUCUUCGCAAGUGCAACAAAUGGUCAAUCACUGUCAUGCCAUUGACAUCAAACAGUCUUAAGACAGUUUUAAUGGAACUUUGGAUAACUCCAGGUUGAUGAAACUGAUCAGAAAAUACAUGUAAAUUUUACGGAACAAGACAUUCCUUGAUGCUCCAAAAUUUCUUCCAUUUCUUUCCA